UGAUGCCUGCGUCGACGAGGCCUUUCACGCCGGCCAUGGUGUCGUCGAAGGCCCUCAGCGCGCGGAGGCGGUCGUCGGACUCCUCCAUCGGAGCACUGCGCGACAAGGCUUCCGGAUUCGCGCACCGCCAUUUCCCUUCCCUGCUCGCCCACUGUUCGUCCAAUUGCCUCCAAGGACCCACCCUCUCCGCUACCCCCACCAAGCGACCGGGGACACGCGGCGGGCAGCCAUGGCGACCAAACACUUGCGUGCUCCCCCGUCGGCAUCUUCCCCCGCCCAGCCUCGCCGUGUCUUCGCAUUAAGCCUCGAUGUAAGGCCACGCGGGAAGCACGCGCCAAUGCGGGUGGCGUGCGCGGCUAGGGCAGGCGGGGCCUCGCCUCCGCCGUCAUCGUCCGAUGGUGGCGACAGCGAGAACUCGUUCGCCGCGCUCGUCGAGGCGCUCUGGCGGCGGGCGGCGGGGGACUACGGGUUCGGCAAGCGCAGUGUGUGGGAGGGCGGCGUUGGGCUGUUCAUGGUGUCCGGCGCGGCGCUCCUCGCGCUCGCGCUGGCGUGGCUCCGCGGCGGGUUCCAGCUGCGGUCGCGGCUCAGGAAGUACCAGGCCGUGCUCGAGUUCGGCCAGGCGUGCGGGAUCUGCGUCGGUACCCCGGUGAGGAUCCGCGGGGUGACGGUGGGCAAUGUUGUCAGGGUCGACUCUUCUCUGAGCCGCAUCGAUGCCGUUGUUGAGGUUGACGAUGAGAAGAUUGUAGUCCCUAGGAAUUCAGUGGUCGAGGUCAACCAGUCUGGUCUCUUAAUGGACACACUAAUUGAUAUUACACCGAAGGAUCCGCUUCCCACACCCUCAUUUGGCCCACUCGAUCCAGAUUGCUCGAAAGAAAGACUAAUUCUCGGUGACAGAGAGAGGAUGAAAGGGCAGGAAGGGGUAAGCUUGGAUGCACUGGUUGGAAUAUGUACCCGUCUGGGGAGAGAAAUGGAGGAAAUAGGUGUUGAUAAAGGCUAUAAAUUGGUUGAGAAAGUUGUACAUAUAAUGGAGAAAGCACGGCCUCUUAUUUCAAAGAUCGAAGGUUUAUCUGAAGAAAUUCAACCUUUGCUACCGGAGGUCCGUGAUAGUAAUCUACUGAAGGAUGUGGAAAGUAUAGCUAAGGGUCUUGCUGAUGCAUCUGAUGAUUUAAGACGGCUGAAAUCAUCUAUGCUUACCGCUGAGAACACUGAUCUCAUCAAGCAGUCUAUUUUUACACUUAUAUAUACGCUGAAGAAUAUUGAGAGUAUCAGCUCGGAUGUCUCCGGGUUCACUGGUGACGAGGCAACGACGAGGAACAUCAAGCUUCUGAUAAAAUCACUUAGCAGACUGUUGUGAGCUCGUGAUGUUCCUGUCCUGCAUUGUCGAGGCUAACGCUGACUGUCAACGGGAAUACACGAGAACCCGGUAGGACUUCACCUCACCAGAGGACGCAACAUAUAGUAGGAUGACUAAUCGAUCUUUCAUUUUUCUUUUUCUAUUCAAGUGUCGUGCAUUCUUUGUGAUUUUAGCACAGCUCAUAAAUUGAUCAUAUUUUCUUGCGAAAAUAUACAAGGAUGAGUUUCUACCCAUGAUUUUUGCCA